AAGGUGCAUACGUAGGAAAUUUCCAUCAAUUUGGUUCUCUUAAUUUCAAUAUCAAUUUUUAUUACCCAAUAUGGAACUUUAAUUUCAAAAUCAAAUAGGAGUAGUUAUUUACCAACAUAUACCCAUUAAAUACAAAAACUUGCAAAAAAAAAUGAAAAAAAGUAGUGAUAAGGAAAGAGGACUGGUCUUCUCGUCUUUGGAUUUUUGAGUAUACUUGCAAAGACAUCUGGACAAAGAGUAUAUCUGUGCUCCCUUUUGACAAUUCCAAGGUUGCAUAAUUUUCCUAUAUUUAAGGAUUCCCAUCAAACAUUGAACUUCCAACUUUCCAAAUUUUGAUUUGGUUAACCACAACUUGUUACUUCCCUAGUCCUCCAGAUCAGCAACUUGAGGGGCUAAGCAGAUGUUAGUCCUUUUCUGUUUCUGAGCUUCUGAAUAAGAUGGGAACGCCUAUGAAACGCAGCUCAAACUCGAGAAGACGGAAUGAUACAAUGAGGCUUUUUGUGACUACUUUUAUUGGAGUUGUAUUUGGUUUUUUUCUAGGUGUAACCUUUCCUACAAUUUCAUUGUCCAAGCUUCCCUUGCCUACUAAUCUUUUCCCAUCACUUGAUCUACCUGACAUCGAAAAAUCGGGCCUCUCAACUCAAGCUCUAUUAAAUGUCUUGAAUUCCCUGAAGCGCCGCGGUGGCGGUUCACAUAAGAAUGAUGGCCCUAAGAUUUGGGUUCCGUCAAAUCCCAGAGGCGCCGAGAGGCUACCUCCGGAUAUUGUAGCAUCUGAGUCUGAUCUUUAUACUCGGAGGCUGUGGGGCCUGCCAAGUGAGGACUUGAUCAUCAAACCAAGGUACCUUGUGACCUUCACAGUUGGCAUCAAGCAGAAGAGUAACAUUGAUGCAGCAGUGAAAAAGUUUUCAGAGAACUUUACCAUUAUGCUGUUUCACUAUGAUGGCCGAACAACUGAAUGGGAUGACCUUGAAUGGUCAGCGCGGGCUAUCCACGUCAGUACACCGAAACAGACUAAAUGGUGGUAUGCAAAACGUUUUCUACAUCCUGACAUUGUAGCACCGUAUGACUAUAUAUUCAUCUGGGAUGAAGACUUGGGGCUUGGAAAUUUUGAUGCGGAGGAAUAUAUAAAGUUGGUGAAGAAACAUGGUUUGGAUAUUUCCCAGCCUGGUUUAGAACCAAGUAGUGGGUUGACAUGGCAGAUGACAAAAGGGAGAAAUGACACUGAAGUUCACAAGGAAACAGAGGAAAGACCUGGCUGGUGCGCUGAUCCACAUUUGCCACCUUGUGCAGCAUUUGUUGAGAUCAUGGCACCUGUUUUCUCUCGAGAGGCGUGGCGGUGUGUUUGGCAUAUGAUCCAGAAUGACUUGGUCCAUGGAUGGGGUCUUGAUUUUGCGCUUAGGAGAUGUGUGGAGCCCGCUCAUGAAAAGAUAGGAGUUGUAGAUGCUCAGUGGAUUGUACAUCAAACCGUUCCAUCUCUUGGGAGCCAGGGUAAAGCGGAGAAUGGCAAGGCACCAUGGGAAGGGGUAAGGGAAAGAUGUCGAAGAGAAUGGACAAUGUUUCAGGAUCGAAUGGCUACUGCAGAGAUGGCCUAUUACAAGGCAAUGGGAAUCGAUCCCCCUAAUUCCACAACUAAUUAGGUGUACAUUCACUAAAUUAGAACGCUUGUAGAAGAGUAUCAGACUUUUUUUUUGGUGUGCAAAUAUCUAAUACUACUGGUUUAGAGAUCCAAGUGUGGGUAGAUAGAAAUGUACUCUCCUUUGCUUUUUGUCAUUAAUAUAGUAUGUUUUUAGUGUCA